CCCUCCACCGCGGAGUCCCGCCUCCUUGCUCCCCCCCCCCGAGCGCAGGAAACGCGGCGCCGCCUGGUCCCGCGCGGCCGCCGUAGAGUCCCCGUUGCCAUGGUUCCCGAGUCCGGUGGGGACGCGCAGAGGCGUGAUCGGGAAGCCUGAGCUGAGUCCUCCGGGUUGGGGUCGAGCUUCCGGGGCCCACGAACCCGAGAGGCGCCAUGGGCCGGAUCACAGAAGAUCUCAUUAGACGGAAUGCUGAACACAAUGACUGUGUGAUUUUUUCCCUGGAGGAACUCUCCUUGCAUCAGCAAGAAAUAGAAAGACUGGAACAUAUUGACAAGUGGUGCCGAGAGUUAAAAAUCCUAUACCUUCAAAAUAAUCUCAUAGGAAAAAUUGAAAAUGUUAGCAAACUCAAGAAACUUGAAUAUUUGAAUUUAGCUUUAAACAACAUUGAAAAAGUUGAAAAUUUGGAAGGAUGUGAAGGGCUGACAAAACUUGAUUUGACAGUAAAUUUCAUUGGAGAGCUGAGCAGCGUUAAAACCCUUCAACACAAUAUCCACCUGAAGGAGCUCUUUCUCAUGGGUAACCCGUGUGCUGACUUUGACGGCUACCGGCAGUAUGUGGUGGCAACUCUUCCACGGUUAAAGUGGUUGGACGGUAAAGAAAUAGAGCGUUCAGAAAGGAUUCAGGCAUUGCAGAACUUUCCAGUAAUUGAACAACAAAUCAGGGAGCAGGAGAAAGCUUAUUGCCUGAAACGAGCCAAAGACAAGGAAGAGGCUCAGAGGAAACUGCAAGAGAAUGCAAACGGAGACAAGAAGGAGAGGAGUCAGCCGGGCUUUGACGGACGCUGGUACACAGACAUUGGUGCUACUCUCCCAUCUUCUGGAGAGAGCAAAGACCACCUCCAGGCACCAGAAUUACAAGAAGGGGAAUGCAACAAGAAGAGAGUAGAGGACAGUGAGGAUGACCUGGAAUUCUGGAAUAAGCCAUCUCUGUUCACUCCUGAAUCUAGACUGGAAACUCUUCGACAUAUGGAAAAACAACGGAAAGACCAAGAAAAAUUAAGCAAUAAAAAGAAGAAAGUGAAACCACCCAGGACCUUGAUAACCGAAGAUGGGAAACCCUUGAAUGUCAAUGAGCCCAAACUUGACUUCUCUUUGAAAGAUGAUGAAAAACGUAACCAGAUCAUCCUGGACCUUGCCGUGUACAGAUAUAUGGAUACCUCUUUAAUUGAUGUUGAUGUGCAGCCAACUUAUGUGCGAGUAAUGGUCAAAGGAAAGCCAUUUCAGCUUGUCCUUCCUGCAGAAGUCAAACCCGACAGCAGCUCUGCUAAAAGAUCUCAGACAACAGGGCACUUGGUAGUUUGCAUGCCCAAGGUAGACGAAGUAAUCACAGUUUGUCGAGGAACAUCCAAGUGUGUGAAAAGUACCUUGGACAGCAGCAGAGAGCGAACAACCGAAAGAAGCAAGCACAUUGAGAAACUAGAAGUAGAUCCUAGCAGGCAUUCCUUCCCUGACGUGGCUAACAUAGUUCAAGAGACGAAACACACUCCCAGAAGAGUUCGAUCUGAACCCAAAAUUACACCAAGUAAGGAAGAUCCAGACUUUGAAGAUAACCCUGAAGUGCCUCCAUUGAUCUGAAACAUCAGGCUGCAUUGACUGUGACCCGCCAGGCCCCGUUUUGCUCGGCAAAGAGAGUUUA